CAAACGAUCAGGCCCUUAACCCCCCUUCUUUCGCUCGCUCUGUGCUGCACCCUUGGCUCCCCACUCUACGUCCGAGCGGGAAAAAAAAAAGUUGAUGGAUGAUGAUGAUGCGUGGAUCGCCCAGGGCGACGUCUCCGCAAACCUCGAGGCUGACCAUCCCUCUCGCUUUUUACAACUAUCAACCUCACCACCUCUUCUACCUCUCUCACGUAUCGAAACCACCACCAUCACACAUCACAACCCCACACAAAAGACUGUAUCCAUAACUACAACCUCGAUCUAACUCGAAACCACUCGACCAGACUCAAAGCCGCAACCCAAAAAAACGAAGCAGCACAGACGCCAACCAUAAUGAACAAGCUCUCUCCCCUCUCCAACACCAACGACGCCGACGUCCCUUCCGCUCAGAUGGAGGGUAUGGACAUCCACUCCAACGUCGUUACGCCUGAUAUCACCCGUCCCUCUUCCCCCGUCCAAGCCUCCCUCCCUCCCUCGCCGCUUCCAUCAAAGCGACACAAGGUAGCCAUCGUCGGAUCCGGAUCGUUCGGGACCGCCUUGGCCAAGAUUGUCGCCAAGAACGUGGCUAGUAGGCCUAAAGAGUUCCAUUCCGAGGUCAGGAUGUGGGUUAGGGAGAAGAUUGUCCACGGCAAGCAACUCACAAAGGUCAUCAACUCGACGCACAUGAACGACCGUUACCUCCCCGACGUCAAGCUCCCUAGCAACUUGGUCGCCGUGGGCAACUUGAAGCAGGUCGUCAAGGACGCUACUAUGCUCGUCAUGGUCACUCCUCAUCAGUUCUUGUCUACCGUCCUCGAAGAGUUCCAGACCGAGGGCGUCAUCACCCCCGGUGCCAUCUCGAUCUCGGCCAUCAAGGGUGUCGAAGUCAACGGAGCCGACAUUAGCACGUUUGCGACCCUGAUCGAGGAAAAGAUCGGGACGCCCUGUGCGGCUCUCGGUGGUCCCAACGUGGCGCAGGACGUUGCCAACGAGCAGUUCUGCGAGACCACAGUGGGUGCCAAGACGGCUGACGAGUGCGCCCUCUGGUCCGCCGUCUUCCACACCAACCGGUUCAAGGUGUCCACCGUGCAGGACGUCUCUGGUGUCUCCCUCGCCGGUGCGCUGAAGAACGUCGUCGCCCUCGCCGCUGGGUUCGUCGAUGGUUUGAAGUUGGGAAGCAACACCAAGGCUUCGAUCAUGAGGAUGGGAUUGCAGGAGAUGGCCGAGUUUACCGUCGAGUUCUUCCCCGGGUCCAAGAAGGAGACUUUCUCGGAGCCGGCUGGGAUGGCCGAUCUGAUCACCUCGUGUUACAGCGGGAGGAACAAGAAGUGCGCCGAGAUCUUUGCCAAGACGGGCGAGUCGUGGGAGAAGAUCGAGAAGAACCACCUCAACGGACAGCUCUUGCAGGGUACCUUGACCACCAAGGAGGUCCACAACUUCCUCGUCUCCCGAAAGCGAACGUACGCCUACCCGUUGUUCGAGGCCGUCUACGCCAUCAGCUUUGAGGGUCGACCCGUCAAGACCAUCAUCGACAUCUAAAUCUAGACGCGGUGUGGUGGUACGACACGGCAAAUAAUAGAACCGUUAUAUGCUCUAGAGUAAAAGGCGGAGAAGACCCAUCUUAAACCUUGUAUCCAGUACGACAACGUCUGUGCCUCCUUUUUCACAAUUCCUUUCAUCGCGUCGAGGCGGUCUCACCGUCCUUCGAUAGCGUCGACAUGCCAAACCAUGCAAAUGCAGUAUAGAUGCGUGACAUAUCAUCCUGCGUGUCUGCUCCCCACACAUCGUUCUUUGUAUGUCAACGUGUUUCAGCAUCCC